AUGGAUGCGGGGGAUCGAAAAAAAAAAAAUAUAAGGGCAGAGGCGUUGGUGCGGACGAUCUUCUGUGCUGAGGAGGCCAAGCACUGGAAGGAGACGGCGGGACGCCCACGCCAGAAAAUAAAAUAG